AUGGCCAACACACUAAUUUAAGCUUUUAGAAAUCUAAAAAUGAGAUCUCAGAUCAUCUCUCUUGAUAUUAUGAUCCUCCUUUUAGUUUUAAGCAUAGCUGGAGUAGCUGUAUAUGUGGAAAUCAAAAUAUUUUAUUAUAUAUCAGAAAGAUCUUUGCAAAACACAUUAGUAAUUUCGGACAUCAAGUAAAUUUCUCUUACUACCCAUUUGAUGAAACAUUACAUCUUAGAAAAACAUAAAAUUAGUAUUUAUAUUUACUAAAACAUUUAGGCAUUUAAUUAGCUGACCAUAUCUCUUCAUUCUUAUACUACUAUGCUAAAAUUUAAAGUGAAGUUAGAUUUAAAAAUCCUUUUGACUCUUGUUUUUCAUCAAAUGAUUACAUAAAUAGCAUCUACAUAGAACAAGUUCAAAAAAUGUGUUAUUCAAUUUAUGGAAAUAUUGAAUUAGAGGAUGCCUUUACACAGAAUCCUAGCAUUUAAUUACUUUAUAAUGGUCUUAGAUUAUUAGACCAAUUUGGUUUAGAAUUGAAUAAAUUUUAUCCAGAUUUUAUACAAUUUGUGGAUAUCACUGAUAUAAAUUUUAAUGGUUUAUAUCCGUUUGGAUUUUAUAUCCCAAAUUAUAACCUUUAAAAUCGGCCUUGGUAUUUUGAAUUUUAACUUUAGGUAUGUUGAACAUCUUUAAAAGACUUAAAUGGAACCAAACUAAUUCUAUUUUUUUACAGAUGUUUACAAAAUGAUAGUUGGAGAUUUUAAUUAUUAUUUCUCAAUUACUUAAUCUUUAUUUGAUUAAAACAAACAAUUUAUAGGCAUUUUAAAACUUAUGUUAUCGAUUGAUGAUUUAAAUUUUAAUAAUGUCAAAUCUAACAUAAUGUUAAUUAAUAAAUAUGGAUAAGUUAUUUACAAUGAAAUGGAAAUGCAAUAGAUUAAUAAAACUUAAGUAUAUUAUAUUUAUAAUGAAACUAUCACUGGUUUCAAUAAUUCUGAUUGGAAAAUAAUAGAAAAUAAGGCUAUUUUUAAUACAAAAAUAUAAUUUGAAAAUGAUGACGAUUUAUCUAAAUGUAUUAUUUUAUAUAAUAAAUUUUAUAAAUCCUAUGUACAUUUGAGAAGUGAAAAAUUUAUCAAUGAGAACUUUACAUUAAUAAUGUAAUGAGUGUUUUUGACUAUUAGAUACACAAAUAUAACAUCAAAGAAAAUUUUAGAAGAACAAUUUCAAGAAGCAUAUCUUGAAUCUGAAACUUGGAUUUUAAGUGCAGCUUGCACAAUAUUACUAAUUGGAGCUUUAUUAUUUAGUAUUAGUACAUGUAUUAUAAAUAUCAUCUGUUAACCAUUGAUAGAAAUCAAUCAUAAAAUAUCAAAUCAUGUUUUAUCUGUUGGAAAUAAUAUAAACCAAAUGAUCUUCAAAAUUCUGUAAUCUAAAAAGAAAUCUUCUAAUCUAUAUGCUAAUUUAAAUGAAUAACUUUGGAAUUUAUAAAAUACAAUACAAAUAAAAUAAAUAAAAAAAUGUGAGUAAUGCAUCCUUAUUGAAAAGAUGUUUUAUCAUAGAAGAGAUAGUAGUUUAAACUGUUAAUAAAUAAAAAAUGCCAUAAGUAAUAUUUAAGGAGAUGCAUAAGUAGAUCCUCAAGAACUUUAUUUAUUAUACUAAUUUAUGCUUCAAUAAUUCAAGGUCUAAUAAUUCUGA